GGUAUACUGUGGUUUGGAAAAGUCACAAGUUUUAAAACCGCCAACAUUUACUGUUAUAUCAUUCCUACGAUAUAUGUUUUUUAGCACAAUAGUAUCUCCUGCAGAAAAGAUAGGCCUAUCUAAAGAUGCCGUUUUUAAAUUGUAAAGAAAUCUGUGUUUUUGAAGCUAAUGAAGACAGCAGAAGUCAAUUGAAUUCAAUUAAAAAGUAAGUUUGCAUUGUUUAGCCUGACAUGUUUACUGUUCCAAAAUAUUUUUAAAUGUUUCCAAAAAUAAAAUGUAUAUCGUAAAAAUAUUGUGUUCAAAGGGGAAAGGGUUUUUGUUUUUUACCCAGACAAAUAACAAUACAGUGAAACCGCGAUAUAUGUUAUACCAGCCAAUGCCUAUUCUUAUUAUGUGGCAAUGCUCAUUUUCAUAACUAAACACUGACUGUUUGUAAGUGGAUCUUGUGACUGAGAAGUCUGUCCUGAAGUCUGUCUUCCAGUUCUUUGCGUUCCUCCGCUAUCUUACCUGCCGGCGUUGCGUUUGUCAUUUAUGCACUGGUUAAAGCCAGCCGCAAAACAAUAAACAAAAAGAAACAAAAUCUUAUCCAUUUCAUGACAUAUGAAAAGCAUUUCAAAAUUUAUACUGGAAGCAAGUCAAGAAUUAAGUUGUUUUGUUAUGCAACUACAAUUGGUCUCUCUUGAAUAAGCACGACCUUCCCAGAAGUUCGCAGUUAAAGCUUCAGUUGCGUGUCCACACUCGACACUUUAUAGUCAGUGGUAAAGACCACCCCCUUCCCAGCACAUCGCAUCUCUUCAAUUAUGCGUGUAUCGAGCAGGAAUACGAGUAACAUUUCGCGGGAUUUAUGGAAAGCAUGACUGGGAAAACGAGACUGUCACACAGGGAAACAAAGAGCUACGAAGAGCGUGUAUGCUAAGCUUGAGUGUACUCCUGGCUGGAAGUGUUUAUGACUGACUCACUCAUCUGUCAAGGAGAUUUGAGGAGACAUGUCUAGAUGCACUUGGAUCCAGGCCACCUUUUGCAAGCGAGAAUGUGUCAGAUUUCUGCCAGCCUCACGUGAUCAUCACAGGUGUUAUCCAGUGUGUCAAGUGUGCCAAAGCUUAGUAAGAUGCUGUUGUGGGAGGCUGAUCGCAGAGCAUGUGGGCCCAUACUCUGGUUUGCUGGGACAUGACCCUGGGUCUGGCUCUGCAGAAGAGGAGGAGUGGUCUGUGCUGCAGCACACCAGCCUCAGCCCCACUGAUGCCUUCGGAUCACUGGACUUCCAGGGCAGCUCAAAGCGUGCGUGUCGUGCUAAGUAUGUGCGUCUUUCCUGUGACUCUCCACCAGAGCUCCUGGUCCAGCUGAUGCUGAGAGAAUGGCACAUGGAGAUACCCAAGCUGGUGAUCACCGUACACGGAGGGACAGAUAACUUCCUUCUGUCUCCACGGGUGUGCCAGGCCUUCAGCACUGGGCUCGUCACAGCUGCAGAGAGCACUGGAGCAUGGAUACUGACAGAUGGCAUCAAUACGGGUGUGUCCAAGUAUGUUGGCGAUGCUGUAAAAAUGUAUGGGUCACAUGACCACAGGAAGAGAAAUGUUGUAGGCAUCACACCCUGGGGGAUUAUUGAGAAUAACAGUGACCUUAUUGGCCGGGAUGGUUUGAGGCACUACCAGGCUUUAGGAAAUCCUCUGAGUAAACGUGCCAGUCUGAACGGCAUGCACUCACAUUUCCUCUUGGUUGAUGAUGGAACUAUUGGUAAAUCAGGUUGUCAAAUAGAGCUGAGGAAGAGACUUGAAAGGCAUAUACACUAUCAGAAGAUCCACCCUAGGCUGCCUCAGCAUGUGCCUUUAGUAUGUGUCGUAGUAGAAGGUGGUCCUUCCGUCCUCUCCGUUGUGCUGGAAUAUGUGUGCAGAACGUCUCCUGUCCCUGUGCUGGUGUUUGAGGGAACAGGGAGAGCUGCAGACAUGCUGGCUUUAAUACACAAACAAACAGCUGUAGACAGAAAGUUGGAUUCUGAUAUUAAAGAAGACGUCCUGCAGAGGAUUCAGGAUUCGUUUGGGGUUGAGAGAUCAGAAUCCACUGAACUCCUCGACAUUCUUAUGGAAUGCAUGGAGCAUAGAGAGCUUAUCAGCAUUUUUGACUCUGAAUCUGAAGACCUUCAAGAGGCAGAUGUUGCAAUCCUGUCCACAUCGCUGAGAGGGACGAGAGCUUCCCCCGAGGAACAGCUGAGUCUCACUCUGGCUUGGGACAGAGCUGAUAUUGCAAAAGACCACAUUCUGGUCUAUGGGCAACAAUGGCAGGUAGGAUCUCUGGAGCAGAUCAUGCUGGAUGCGCUGAUAAUGGAUCGCGUCAAUUUUGUAAAGCUGCUAAUUGAGAAUGGCAUGACCAUGAGUCACUUCUUGACAAUCUCUCGUCUGGAGCAGCUCUACAACAUACAAACAGGCUCCUCACAUCAUUUCCUUCGACAUGUUAUUGCAGAUGCCAAACAGACUCGCCUGCCUGCUGUUUAUAGGAUAUCUUUAAUCGACAUUGGAAUGGUGAUUGAAUACCUGAUUGGUGGAGCAUAUCGAAGCACAUACACACGCAAGAGAUUCAGAACCAUGUACAGUCGCUUACAUAACCCAGCUAAGGAGACAUCCAGCCCGUUCAGCAAGGCCAAGAAAGUAGCUCCAGCUCCAGAAGCCACUCCACCUCGCUCUCAUUUCCGCAGAACCGCUCAGCCAUACAGACACCAGGAAGGUGGUGUAGCACCUCAGGACCAGAAGUCGGACCCGAUCCCCGACUUUGUAUGCACUUUUAACGACCUGUUUGUGUGGGCAGUGCUCAAGCAUCGGCAAGAGAUGGCGCUGCUCCUGUGGCAGCAUGGAGAGCAGGCUAUGGCCAGGGCGGUUGUGGCCUGCAAACUCUACCGCACUUUGGCAAUGGAAGCCAAGGAGAGCAAUAUGGGAGACACCAUGGCCGAGGAGCUGAAGAAGAACUCUCUAGAGUUUGGACAGUUGGCUGUGGAUGUCCUGGAUCAGGCUUUCAGAGAGAAUGAGCGCAUGGCGAUGAAGCUGCUGACCUGGGAGAUGAAGGAUUGGAGUAACUUCACCUGUCUGCAAAUGGCCGUCUCCUCAGGACUCAGGCCCUUUGUGGCUCACAACUGCACUCAAAUGCUGCUCACAGACCUGUGGAUGGGCCGUCUAAACUUGAGCAAGAACUCCUGGUUUAAGAUCAUCGGCAGUAUCCUGAUGCCUGUGGCCAUUCAGUUGCUAGAGUUUAAGAGUCAGGCAGAGAUGUCCCAUGUUCCUCAGCUCCAGGAAGCCUUGCAGUUUGGGUGGGACACUGUGCCAUCAGAGCAAGAAGGGGCAGAAAAAGCAGUUCCAGGUGAUGAGGAGAGAGGCAGCAGUUGUCUUUAUCCCUGGACCAGAAAGGUGUAUGACUUCUAUACUGCUCCGGUGGUCAAAUUCUGGUUUCACACUAUGGCGUUUUUGGGAUUCCUCAUGAUGUUUGCUUAUACUUGUUUGGUGAGGCUGAACGAGACACCCAACAUUCAGGAGUGCUUGGUCAUGACUUACAUCCUGGCCAUGGCGGUGGAGAAAGCUAGAGAGGUGUUGGUUUUGGAGCCUAGGAAGUUCACUAAAAAGCUGAAGGUGUGGUUCAGUGAGUACUGGAAUAUCAAUGACUUCCUGGGAAUCCUCUUGUUCCUGGUCGGGGUCUCCCUCCGGUGGCAUCAAGAAACACGCUUAGCCAGUCACAUAGUCUAUUCUUUGGAUUUUGUCUUCUGGUCUGUCAGGCUUCUGGAUCUAUUCGCUGUCAAUCAGCAUGCAGGACCAUACCUGACAAUGAUAACUAAAAUGAUGAGCAACAUGUUUUAUAUUGUAAUCAUUAUGGCACUUGUGCUGGUUAGUUUCGGGACGUCGAGAAAGUCUAUCUUGUCCCCUAAUGAGGAUCCAUCCUGGACUCUGCUCAGAGAUGUUGUCUUCCAGCCAUACUGGAUGAUCUUUGGAGAAGUGUAUGCUGGGGAGAUUGAUGCCUGUGCUAAUCCUGAAACCUGUGUCCCGGGAGCCUUCCUCACCAUCUUCCUGCAGGCCGUCUACCUGUUCAUUCAGUACAUCAUCAUGGUCAAUUUGCUCAUUGCCUUCUUCAACAAUGUUUACAAUGAAAUGAGCACCAUAUCCCGUAAGCUGUGGAAAUACAACCGCUAUCGUUACAUCAUGACUUAUCAAGAGAAGCCGUGGCUGCCACCUCCUCUCAUCUUUCUCAGUCACAUUACUCUGUGUCUCAGCUCAAUGUGGCAAAAGCAUAGAAAGGCAUCCAAAAGGGGAAGAACUGGUCUGAAAUUAAUCCUUGCCCCCGAUGACCUGAAGCGGUUGUAUGAGUUUGAGGAGAAGUGUGUUGCUGGAUAUUUCCGAGACCAAAAGGAAAGUCAACAAGGCAGUCAGAUCAACCGAAUUCGCUCUGCAGCUGACAAGGCUGAAGAGAUGGCUGGAAUAUUAGUUGAGGUUGCAGAGAAGGUCAAUAUCAUCCAGGACAAUCUGCGUACUUUAGACACUAACUUGGGCCAAUUACAGGACUUGUCCGCUUUAGCAGUGGACACUCUAAACCUCCUCUCAGCCACAGACAAUCAACAGCAAGAGGUGGCCCGUCUGGGUCAGAGCCAUCCACAUGCUUGCCGCCAUGAGCAGGUGUCCCAUAGCUGCUGUCUCCGCAUUGGUGGAAGUGUAGCACCGAGCCAAGCACUCCCGUCACCCAAACACUACCGCAGCAUGCCUCCAUCCCUGCUUAGAGGUUUGGGACCUGGCCGACAGCGUCUCUCAAUGGAGUUACCACCAGGAACGAGCGUUGGACCCUUUGAGGUCAGAAGCAAAUGCCUAUUGGGAAGCCCAGAGGAAGAGGAUUGUCAUUUUCGGUGGCCUCUUUUACGUGGCGAUUCGAGAGAAGGUGUAUCAAUGGAUUGUCAUCUUUCUUUACCCCACUUAUGCACUGGAUGGAGGGACAGGGGAAUGUAUGGAUCAGGGGAAGCAUCCCGUGCCAGUUCUCCAAACAUGCCUUUAAUGAGGGACUUCCAGCUUCAUCCCAGCCACGAGGAAUCCAUGGAGGAGGAAGACGAUGACGAGGAUGACCUGCACUCUUUAUCCAGAGCCUCUAGCCACACGUUCUUGCUCACGGACACUCAGAGGGACAUGGAUGGGGCGAUGGGGAUCAGAAAUCCGGCGUUCUAUAAGCUCGACGAGGGUGGACAUUUCUUAAGGCCUCAUGACGUUUUAAGCAGGAAAUUUGAAGCCUAUGGUUUGGAGCAGAGCCGGUCUCUUUCGGCUAGUGUGGAGUCUAUGGCCAUGCCAGACACGUCAACAUCUGAGCAGGGCAGACGGAUCUAUCUGACGCCGCCUCAUCACAGCCAUGACCAUAAAGGAUUGUCAAAGCUAUUUAGGAGGCAAAGAUCAUUUGGGAAGAAGUCUGUGAGAAGCAGAGCAGGAACUCCUGAAGAGGUUAAAGCAGAUGAAACACGGGGGCGACUGCAUGAGUUUGACUCGCGUAGAAAAAUGAAGAGGAAAGUAAAAGGCCUUUUUGACCGGAGAUUCAGAACCUCAGUCAGUCUAACCCAGCUGAAUGUUGACCAAGUGGACAUCACAAAAUUGGCCCCAUCGUGGCUGAGUUCCGGGCAGCCCCUGCUCAGUAGCUGGACCAGACCCAUUAGUCAAAGACCCUCGGUAAGCAGUAUGACAGACGUAAGGAGCUCUACAUUUAAGUUGACUGAAGAUUUAGGCCAGCAUUACUCAGCAAUGGAGAGAAACAACCUAAUGAGAUUGGCUCACACUAUACCCUUCACACCUGUGUCAUUAUUGGGCGGCGUUGAGGUCUGCAUUUACACACUGGAGGAGUCAGUUGGUGAUCCGUCCUCCAGUAUCUCCACGUGGCUUCAGAAUGGACGUACAGCUGUUCUUCAGCCUUUAGCCCAUCAGGAGGUGCUGGAUGGGGGACUGCGCAGGGCCACAAAGGUGGUGUGCACCUGGGCCGAGGGUGAUGUGUUGAAGCUGGGCUCAGUGUAUGUGGUGAAAGCCUUCAGGCCAGAAGUGGUACGCAUCUGGCAGAAAGUGUUCCCGAUUAGCACGUCACUUCACCUCUGUCUGCGGGAAAUUCAACAACAGAGAGCGGCACAGAAGCUCAUGCAGCGAUUCAACCAAGUUAAACCCAGCAGUGUGCCCCACAGUCCUAGGUUUCUGGAUGUGUCCUUGCUGCACUGGCGCUCUGAUGGCCAGUGGUUGACUGUAGAGAAUAACAUGAGUGGUCAUUUCAGAAAAUACAACAAUAACACGGGUGAGGAAAUCUUGCCCUCUUCUGGCCUGGAGGAAACAAUACUAGCUUUCUCUCACUGGACAUACGAGUACACCAACAAGGAACUGCUAGUGCUGGAUCUACAAGGUGUGGGAGCAGACCUAACAGACCCCUCGCUGAUCAGAGUCGAUGAUAAAAGCUCCCCUGGAGAGAUGGCGUUUGGACCUGCCAAUUUGGGCGAUGAUGCAAUCCAGAGCUUUGUUCUCAAGCACACCUGCAACUCCUGCUGCAAGAAGCUGGGUCUCUCAGAUUUGAGGAGUUGCGGGAGCCUGAAGAAGUCUGUUCCUGCCUUUGAUGAGACCAGCUGCACAGCUUAACCUUUGACCUUCAAGGAAACUUUUAGCAGAUCCACAGAGAGCACGCAGAGGCACGGCUCAGGUUCAUGGGGGGACUCCUGUUCAUACACUAUAUACUUUUUUACAGGCUGAAUAUACUGUAUGUAAAGAACUGCUGUCUAUGGGGUAAAAGCAAUGUGCACAAUGUUUGAAAGUGGGCAUCAUUUUUUUAAAGAUCAGACUUUUCCCAGCAAACAAUGUUGUGUUUAAUAGACGUCUAAUAACAUCUAAACGUAGACCGCUUGGCUAAAACAAGGCUUACCUUGGGCUGUCAGUGAAAAUCUAAUAGACAUCUAAGAAUAGCCCAAAACAGUCGUCAAAUAGACAGAUUAGACAGACUUGAUAUGUGUAGUCAUUCAUUUCUGUUUAUUUCAUGACUAGUCUAGUUUUGGCCUAUUUGAUUUUAAAUGACAGCCCAAAUUAACCUUGCUUUAGCUAAGAUGACUGUGUUUAAAUGUCUAUUAGACAUCUUUUAAAAUCAGAAAUUGCUGGCUGGGUUUCCUCAUUUAUAAGUGCAUGCUUAAAAGCUGGUUAAGACAAUGCAUAAAAUAUCUAUAUUUUUACAUUCAAAGAUAAUAUGCAAGGCUUGAUAUAAACCUUGUUUUGUUUUCCAGGGAAUAAAAAAUUAAACAUCCUA